AGGUAUAAAUACUACUAGCACAUCAAUGUAAGAUAUAAGAGUAAUCAAAAGUGGUGUACUAAGUUUAAUUACACUAACCCCUAAAAAAUAGUUAAAUAACACAAGUUUCCCUUAAUUUAUUAUGAAAUUCCCUCCAAAAAAAAUUAAAUAAAAAAUAGUGAAAUAGCCUAAUGUAUCAAAGUUUGACCUGACCUAUUCUGUAAAACUUCAUUUUCUCCGUCAACUUAUCACAAAAACGAGUAACGACUCCAGCUUUAUUCCACCUUAUAUAAGGACUUACCCUCCACAAAUAAACUUCAUCAAUUUUCAAACGGCCUUAAUUUUUUCAUUUAACCUUCUUGCACAAAAAUUAUAACUUUUUAAUUAGAUUCAUCAGAAAAUUAUUUACUUAAAAAAAAAAAAAAAAAAAAAAACAGAGAAAAAGAAAUUGUCGGGAAAAAAGAAAAUUUGGAAGAAAUGACAGGAGGAUUGCUUGAGGUUUUGGUGGUUGCAGCUUCUGGUCUUCCCAACGUUGAUUUUCUAACAGAUAAAAUUGAUCCCUAUGUCGUGGUUAAGUACAAAGGCCAAGAGCGAAAGACCAAAGUUGCAAGAGGACAAGGUGGUAAUCCAGAAUGGCACCAAAAAUUGACAUUCAGGGCAGAGUACCCUGGCUCAGGAAGUGACUACCACAUCAAUCUAAAGAUCAUGGACCACGACACCUUCUCUUCUGAUGAUUACAUUGGUGAAACUAAGAUUCAUGUGGAAGAUCUUCUAGCUUUAGGAGUGGAGAAUGGCUCUUAUGAAAUGAAUCCGACAAAGUUCAGAGUGACUGGAAGUAAUGAAAAGUACUGUGGUGAGAUCAAAGUUGGUGCUAAAUUCACCAAGGCAUCAGAUUACGACGAUGAUGAAGAGUUAGGAGGAUGGAAGAAUAGCUACGGUGAUGACUCUGAUGAAUAACUUCCUUAAUAAUCAAUCAUUAUUGAAUUGGACUAAAAUCAAAUAUCAAUUAUUGUAAAUAUUUGUACUUUGUAGUUGAAUCGCUUUGGAAGUUUUCACCUUAGAGUUUUCUGGUGCUUUGAGUUGAUCACAGAAGACUUGGGACAACUAAUUUUGUAAUUUAGUUCAAAUCUUAGAAUCUAUUCAAUUGAUAUCUUUAUUCAGCAAAAAAAAA